CGCGACUAUUUCCAAAACUACAUGGUUUUAUUCUCUAAUCAAAGUUGAAAUUUCCAUGUAGGUAAAACCAAAUAAAAAAUGACAAAGAAACUACCUCUUAUAGCAUCACUUUAAAAUGCGACUUGAAUUUCAAUAAUGUUGUAUUGCCCGAUUACCGAUUCACGCAAUCGAAGAAGCAGACAGAUAAUAGUGAGUCGCGACACUGGUGGCCGUUUCACCAAGCUACAUUUUUGUAUACAAUGGCGCUACCCACGAUCUCAAAACUUGGUUUCGAGCUGUCAAGGAUAGGACAGAAUGGACCACGGAGUUUUGUUACAAGCUGUUGUUGCCUGGUGGAGCAAGAUUGGCGAUACAAAAAUGGACUACCGAGAAAUCCGAACGCAUAUGGUCCCCUGACGGACGGACGUGACUUCACUUUUGUUGAUCAAAGAGUUACCCCAAUUGGUGCUGGGCAACUAAAACGUCUUGAGAAACACAGAAUCUAUGCAGAAAAAAUUCUACAAACUGUAAAAGAAAUGAAUUUUGCAAUUGAGAGACGUGCAAACCUACAAAAACAGAGGAAAGAAAAACAGAAAGAGAUCCUAGAAAGCAAAUUGAAACCAAAAGGUCACUUGCUGCUUUCUGGACGUAAAUGAAAAAUGUAAUUUUCUAGUACAACAUAAUACAUCUUUUUCAGUAAAACACUUUUGGAAAACA